AUGCAACGGGUUUCUAUUUUUCUCCAUUUGCAUGGCAAUUAUAACUGUUAUUCUCAUCAACUGGGCUUUCUCCACUGGUGGACCAGCAUGGAAAAAUGGAAAGAACCAUAUGGGCCGGGCCCCAAUCCACGGCCCUCGUGGCCUUCCCAUCUUUGGCAGCAUACUCAGCCUAAGCCAAGGCUUGGCUCAUCGCACUCUCGCAUCCAUGGCUUUGAGCCAAGCCGCCUCAACCCUGCUCAUGGCUUUCAGCUUGGACUCGACCCCAGCUGUCAUGGCCUCGGACCCACACACGCCCCUAGAGAUCCUAACCUCUCCUCACUUUCCGACCGUCCCAUCAAACAGUCGGCUAAGCAGCUCAUGUUCAGUAGAGCCAUUGGGUUCGCGCCGCCCAAUGGGUCAUACUGGCGGCUCUUAAGAAAGAUUGCCUCAUCACACCUGUUUGCACCAAACCGCAUAAUAGCCCAUGAGCCUGGACGCCAGCUAGAUUGCGCUGCCAUGUUGAUUGCCAUAUCCCAAGAACAAUGUCCCCAUGGCGCUGUAGUUCUAAGAAAGCACCUUCAACUUGCUUCUCUGAACAGCAUAAUGGGAAUCGUGUUCGGAAAAAAUUACGAUCCAAUGCACGAGUCAGACGCCAGAGAACUGCAGGAGAUUGUGAAAGAAGGGUUUGAGCUCUUGGGAGCUUUCAAUUGGUCGAAUCAUCUUCCAUGGUUGAAGUACUUUAGUGAUUCUUAUCGUAUUUUUCUUGUUCCUCAAGUGAAAACCCUAGUUAAACAGAUUAUUGAAGAACACCAAUCUGGCAAACCCUCUAAGAUAUCGGAUGACUCUAAUUUUGUCGACAUUUUGCUGUGUUUGGAGGGUGAAGAGAAGUUCCAAGAGGAUGAUAUGGUGGAUUUUUUAUGGGUAAUUCUUGUUCCUCAAGUGAAAACCCUAGUUAAACAGAUUAUUGAAGAACACCAAUCUGGCAAACCCUCCAAGAUAUCGGAUGACUCUAAUUUUGUCGACAUUUUGCUGUGUUUGGAGGGUGAAGAGAAGUUCCAAGAGGAUGAUAUGGUGGAUUUUUUAUGGGAGGUGGCUCAUCCUGUUGAUCUGACUGAGUUGCUUAAGCUUUCUUGUGAGAUGAAGAGUCCUCUUGUGGCCGUGGCUAUUACUAGGACCGAAAAGUAA